UCAUGUUGAUGCUGCCCUUGAUUUCCCAGAGCAAACAAAGUGGAUCUACAACCUUAGCAACACAUGUGCCUUGAUCAGUGCAGGAGAGAGCUCUUUGCCCUGUGAUAGUUCACCCAUUUUCUCUGGAGAGCAGUUGCUUGUGUAGCGCUUACCUCAUUCUGAUCUUUCUUUUUUUUAUUCUGUUCAGUCUAAAUUAAGUUUCAAAUAGCCAAACGUGGUUCUUGAGCAAGAGCACCUCACAUCUGGAAUUUUUUUAAAACUGUCCACUUUGAAGGUACUAGACAGGCAUAUCCUUGUAACAGUAAGUUGUGAGUUAACAUAUUAAGUUGAACAUUAUUAUUGGGAGGUUUAUGUUUAAAGGUCCCAAAUGUAUCGGGAUUCAAGUAAGGACUCUGUGUAAGAGCGUUCCUCUAUCUAGUGUCUUCCAGAUGCAUGAAACUACAAAAACUAUCAACUCCAGCCAUCAUGGCCACAGAAUCAGUUUACAUUUCUAUUCUAGGAAAGUCUUUCCAUUCCUUGUGAAAUUGAUGUAAGGAAAGAAAAGAUGUUUCAUGCAACUAGAAAUUGGCAUUUGAAGCUACUGACUCAUAAUGUGGUUUCUAAUAUGAAUUUCAAGUUUUUCCGCCCAAGACCUGUCAUAAUUGCUUGGAAGCCAGGGAUGUUGCUGCAUUCUCUUGCUGGGGACAAGAAUAUUGUCUUGAUGGGACCUCCUGGUGCUGGGAAGACGACAGUUGGAAAAAUAAUAGGGCAGAAAUUGGACUGUCGUUUCAUAGAUGUGGAUGACGAUGUCCUUGAAACAACCUGGAACAUGAGUGUGGCAGAAAAACUGAAGGAAGUUGGUAACAAGCAAUUUUUAGAAGAGGAAGGAAGAGCCCUGUUAAAUCUUUCAGUCUCUGGAAGUGUAAUUUCCCUUUCUGGAUCUAACCCAAUGAAUGCUGCUGGCAUGGAGCACAUGAAGAAAAAUGGGAUUGUUGUAUAUCUGGAUGUUCCUUCUCAACACAUAAUAGAGCGGCUGAAAUUAAUGAAAGUGGAUCGUAUUGUUGGCCAGGCUCCUGGAACUUCUAUGAGAAACAUACUUGAGUUUAGGAAGCAGUUUUACAGAAAGUGGCACCACGUCCGUGUCCUUUGUGAAAAUGGGAUUUCAGCAGAGGCUGUCGCUGACAAAGUGCUUCAUGCUGUUAAGUGGUAUCAAGACUCCGAGUCAGAAGGCUUCAUUUCAACCAGGAGUCUCAAGGGCAGUAGGAAAGAUGGGCGGAAGGGCUCUGUCAAAUAUUUCAGCGAUGCUGUUGUUGAGGGCCUAGCAACGGAUGGCGGACUGUUUGUUCCUGAGAAAGGGCUUCCGAAAUUCACCCCUGGAGAAUGGCAAACUUUAUUAGAGGCAACCUAUGCCGAAAGAGCUCAGAUUAUAUUGGAAAGGUGUAUACAUCCCGCUGAUGUACCUGCUUCCGAAUUGUGGGAAAUGGUUAAGACUGCAUAUGGACAGAAUUUUACGUGUCCUAAAGUUGCCCCAGUUAGGCAUUUGAUGGGCAAUCAGUUUCUUCUGGAGCUGUUUCAUGGACCAACAGCCUCCUUCAAGGAUUUGGCAUUACAGUUCAUGCCUCAUCUGUUUGCCUACUGCAUUCCUAAAACAUGCAAUUAUUUGAUUUUGGUAGCUACAUCUGGUGACACUGGAAGUGCAGUCCUAGAUGGUUUUAGUCAUCUUAAGGAGACUGAUAAGCAAAGGAUUGCAGUGAUCACUUUUUUCCCUCAAGAUGGGGUUAGCCAGAUACAGAAACUGCAGAUGAUUGGCUACCAGGAAGCAAAUACAAAAGUGCUAGGUGUAAAAUCAGAUUUUGAUUUCUGCCAAUCUGCCAUCAAGCAAAUAUUUACCAAUCCCGAUUACACUGGCUUUCUGGCAGUGGAGUAUGGAACAACCUUAAGUGCAGCAAACUCUAUAAACUGGGCACGAUUACUUCCCCAAGUGGUUUAUCAUGCCUCUGCAUACCUGAACCUUGUUGAGCAAGGUACAAUUUCAUUUGGAACUCCUGUGGACAUCUGUGUUCCCACAGGAAACUUUGGAAACAUAUUAGCCGCGAUGUAUGCAAAAACAAUGGGAAUUCCCAUACGAAAAUUUAUCUGUGCUUCCAAUCAAAAUAAUGUCUUGACUGAGUUUAUAAGAACAGGCCUGUAUAAUUUGAAGGGAAGGCAAUUAAUGCAAAGUUUAUCCCCAGCCAUAGACAUUCUGAAGUCUUCCAACCUUGAACGGCAUUUGCACUGGCUUGCUAAUGGAGACGGACAGCUGGUGACACAACUAUUUAGCAGUCUGGAAAAUCAGGGCUGCUUCCAGUUGCAGAAAAGUCUCCUUGAAGAACUUCAGGAGGACUUGAUGGCCGAUUGGUGUUCUGAGGAGGACUGUUUGGCUGCUAUUCACUCUGUGUUCAGUACCACUGGGUACCUAAUGGACACCCACACAGCCAUUGCAAAAGUAGUUGCAGAUAGACUGCAGGAUAAAACAUGCCCAGUGAUCAUUUCCUCCACGGCUCACUAUUCUAAGUUUGCACCUGCUAUCCUGCAGGCACUGAGGGUUGAUAAACUAAAAGAGACUCCAUUAAGUCAACUUCACUUGUUGAAUUCUUAUAACCCUCUGCCACCAGUCCAUAAAAGUCUCUUGGAGGCUUUGAAAAAGAAUGAAAACCAGACCAAUGAGGCCUGCAGUGCAGAUAUGACUGUCCUUAUGGAACAUGUGGAAGCCUUAAUACAAAGCCACUUCAUGAAGGUUUUCUAACUGGGGGCCUACUUGAUAUUUGCUAUCUGUGUUGCUGUGAUUAUUUUUCUCCCACCUAGAAGUGGGAUAACUUGAUAAUGUUUACUAAACAUUUGUUAAAAUACACCUAGAAGUGCAUUUUAACAAAUGUUUAGUAAACAUCAAGUUUUGUAAAUAGUGUUCUAUCAAAUGGUUAGAUUUUUAAACGUAACUUAAAUCCAAGUAGUUUGUGGUAGG